AUGGAAGAUUUUGAUAUUUUUACCGACGAGAUAAAUUUUAUGAAACCUGUAUACACAAACAUUCUACAUGACUUCGUGAAGGAUGUACCAGCUACACCUAGCAGUGCAAAUUACCAAAGUGCUCAGAGACUUUUGGCUGAGGAAUGCUUACUAGAAAAUAAAGAAGAAUGCGAAUUUCAUUUCAGUGAAUCCGUGUCUGCAGCUGUUAGAAGUUUAGCUGUGUAUAGGGAGGACCAACAUGAGAUUACAGGAGCAGAUAAAAUUAAGUUGAUUGCACCUUUUACAAAUAUAUGUGAUAGAGUAGAAACUAAAUCUUUAGAUAAAGAAGAUGAUCUUUUAAAUACCAUUUUAUCUGAAGGCGUUAAGACAUUAAAGCUGAGAAGUAAUGAAGAAAUUCCAUUUCAUAAAAAAUACAUGAGGUUUGGACCGCACAAUAAUGUUAAGAAUUUAUUGAAGAUUCUUAAUGAGUUACCUAAAGAAUGGACAAUAGUACAGUUAACAGCCCGUUAUAAUCCGAAAGAGAAUGUGAAGCCUUUUAGUGAAUAUAGGACUGAUAUAGAUGGUAUUUUCUUGUCUAUACUUACUAAUAAUUACACGGACAAACCAUUAACUGUUCUGGUACCAGCAAAUGUGACCAAAGAAGGAGAGCUGCCACUAUUCAAGGAGCUCUAUUCCAUAUUAGAAGAUAAUUAUAACAUUAUAGAUAAAGCUCAGUAUCUUAAUAACAAAAGGCUUAUUAGGAACUAUUGGAGUAGACGAGAGGACAUUGACCUCAGAAUAAAGAGCGUUAUUAACGUUAUGGAUAAAGAUUGGCUCGGUGGAUGGUGCAGUAUGUUAACUGGAAAGCUGAGUGAUUCUAAAUUAAGAGACAGAAUCAUACAUUUUGUAGAUUCUGCUAUAUCUGAUUGGGGAUUUAUUAAACUAACGGCAAAACAGAAAAUCCUUCUAUAUAACUUAAUGGAUUGCAGUCCAGUACUACAAUCGCAGCAAAUAAAGUCCUGCAUUCGGCAAAUACUGACUGAAAAUGGCAACAAUGAGGAGCUAAGAAACGUUCGAAAUUCAAUUAAAUGUCAAAGCUGCUCGAACGAAUUUCGCUUUCCGAACGAAUUGUGCAUAAAGUGUUUAUCACAAUGUUUCGAGGAGAUACAUAAGUUCACUUUGGUGGAUGGUAUAAAGGCGUUCUCGCAAGUUGCUUUGAAGUUUAAGGACGAUGAUCAAUGGGCAGAUUUAAAGAAGGCGAAGCGCGGCCCUGUAAUUAUAAUCGUGGAUGAGAUGUUAGACACCUUUCCCUGGGAGUCUCUGCCAGCACUGAACCAGCAACCCAUCAGUCGUAUAGAGAACAUUCACUUCCUUUACUCACUGUUCAAAACGCAUGAAGAAAGCAUUAAGAAUGGAUACUUCGUCACCAAGUCGGAAAUUGGGCGAUAUGUUAUCAAUCCGGGCCAAGAUCUACAGCGUAUGCAGCUGCGUAUGGAGUCAUUUAUCAAAUAUUGGUGCGGGAAGUGGGAGGGGCGAGUCGCUGAACCUCCGGCUCCAGGCGAACUACUAAAUUAUUUAACAGAAGCCGACAUAUUUUUGUACUGUGGACAUGGAGAUGGCUGCGGGUCUGUGUGUGUGGGUAGCGGAAUUGGUGCGGGAGCGGGGAGGUGCGUGUGCCUGCUGUCGGGUUGCGGGUCUGUCCGGCUCAGCGGAGGUGAGGGUCGAGCACCACCAGCCGGGCCCCAUCACCACUUACAUGUCGCUAAAUGUCCUUGCGUGGUCGGCAUGCUCUGGGAGGUGACUGAUCUCGAAGUCGACAAAGUGGUGAGCACUCUGGUGGCACUAUCCGUAGCCAGCGAAGCCCCACUCGAUUGGCGUCAUGUUGGCAAGACUAAAUGGAGCCAGGGGGAAAUAGAUGUGAGCGUAGAACAGAAACCUCGGACCCCACCUGAAAGGAACUUACUACGUGCAAUAUGCAGGGCGAAACAGGCCACAAAUUUCCUCAUGAUCUCUACAAGCAUUGUCGCUAGAGGAUUGCCAAUCAAAAUAAUUGACUCAAAUCCGCCUAAUUCAAGUGUUUAG